AAAUAGCUCAAGCAAAUCAAAAUUGAGAGUAAUGAUAUCUCAAUACACACAAAAUUGACAACAUACGAAGCUCACAUGAACCCCUUGAAAAGGUCUCAUAAACUAUAUAAUUCUACUUCUUCCAUUCAUUUCGCAAAUUUCUCUAUUCUUUCUCUUCCCAAUUCAAACCUCUUAAAGCUAGAUAAUGUUAAUGCCGAUUCUACUCGUGUUUCAAAUUUGCAAAAUCUCUUGCAGUUAUGUGCUAAAACAAACUCUUCCAUGGCUGGAAGAACAUGUCAUGCUCAAAUCAUUCGUGUUGGAUUCCAAACAGACAUAUUAACAUCUAACAUGCUGAUUAACAUGUACUCUAAAUGUUCGUUAGUUAAGGAUGCUCGUAAAGUGUUCGAUGAAAUGCCGCUUAAAAGCGUUGUUUCAUGGAACACUAUGAUCGGAGCACUUACCAAGAUUUCCGAGGAGCAACAGGCACUCAUGUUGUUUAUUCAAAUGCUAAGAGAGGGAACGUUGUUUAAUGAGUUUACUAUUUCCAGUGUUCUCUGUGAGUGUGCUUUUCAAUGUGCUAUACUUGAGUGUAUGCAGUUACAUGCUUUUUCGAUUAAGGUUUCUGUUGAUUCAAAUUGUUUCGUUGGGACUGCUUUGCUUCAUGUUUAUGGGAGAUGCUCUUUGGUGAAAGAUGCGAGUAAGAUGUUUGAGAGUAUGCCCGAAACAAAUGCGGUUACUUGGAGUUCGAUGCUGGCGGGGUACGUGCAAAAUGGGCUUCAUGAGGAGGCGUUGUUGCUUUUUCGUGAUUAUCAGAUGAUGGGUUUUGAGCAGGACGUGUUUAUGAUAUCGUCUGUUGUUUGUGCUUGUGCGGGUCUUGCUACUUUGAUUGAAGGGAAGCAAGUGCAUGCGGUUUCUUGUAAGUCGGGAUUUGGUUCGAAUGUAUAUGUUUCUUCAUCCUUUAUAGACAUGUAUGCAAAAUGUGGUUGCAUUAGAGAAGCUUAUUUUGUGUUUCAAGGUGUGGAGGUGAGAAGCGUUGUUUUAUGGAAUGCUAUGAUUUCUGGGUUUGCUAGACAUGCUUGUGCGCUAGAGGCUAUGAUUUUAUUCGAAAAAAUGCAGCAGAGAGGCUUCAUUCCUGAUGAUGUAACAUAUGUAUCUGUACUAAAUGCAUGCAGUCAUAUGGGUUUGCAUGAACAGGGGCAAAAAUAUUUUGACCUCAUGGUUAGACAGCAUAACCUUCAGCCGAGUGUUCUUCACUACUCGUGUAUGGUUGACAUUUUGGGUCGAGCGGGACUUGUUCACAAGGCUUAUGAAUUGAUAGAGAGAAUGCCAUUUAGUGGAACUAGUUCUAUAUGGGGUUCACUCUUAGCUUCUUGUAGAAAUCAUGGCAAUAUUGAGUUUGCUGAGAUUGCAGCCAAGCAUCUGUUUGAAAUGGAACCUGAAAAUGCUGGAAACCACGUCUUGCUAGCAAACAUUUAUGCAGCAAAUGGAAAGUGGGAGGAAGUUGCGAAAGCAAGGAAGCUUCUUAGAGAGAGUGAAUUGAAGAAGGAGAGGGGUACAAGUUGGAUUGAAAUUAAGAAUAAGACUCACUCGUUUACCGUUGGCGAGAGGAAUCAUCCACAAAUCAAGGACAUUUAUGCUAAGUUGGAUGAUUUGGUGGAAGAGUUGGAGAAGUUGAAUUACAAGGUUGAUACCAAUAAUGACCUGCACGAUGUAGAAGAGAGCAAAAAACAGAUGCUUCUGAGGCAUCACAGUGAGAAACUUGCUAUCACUUUUGGAUUGAUGUGUUUGCCAAGUGAUAUACCUAUAAGAAUUAUGAAAAAUCUUAGAAUUUGUGGUGAUUGCCAUAAUUUUAUGAAACUUGUGUGUAAGUUUACAAGCAGGGAGAUUGUUGUUCGAGAUACAAACCGAUUUCAUCACUUUAAGCAUGGCUUAUGUUCUUGUGGAGAUUUUUGGUGAACCUGCGGAUUCUGAUAUGUAUAGCUCUUUCAUUUAACUCCAAAUAACGGGAGUUCACGUCUAUUCCCGCUUUCUUAAAAAAUGUCGAAGAGAUUUUUAGAGGAAGGCUUGACAUUGGUAAUCAUCAAUUCAUCUGUUGUACAUUACAUAGGAAUUUUAUUUUAUUUUUAUUUUUUAUGCAAAUGGUUCUUUAUUACUGGUCAUCAAAUAUGUUGAACAAGAUCAUAAAGAGCGUAUACAAGAAAUCAAGGAAAGUAACUCUUAAGAAUGCGUGAUUGGACUUAACUCAACCCUACAAAACCAACUAGUAGAGUGAGGAUUGCCCACUUAUGAACACAUGUUCAGAUCAUAGAUUGUCCGAUGUGAGACUCUUUAACACCUCCUCUCACGCUCAGGAUUUGAGUUUGGGGCGUGAAACUAAAUGGUGGGUGGCUCUGAUAUCAUCUUAAGAAUGUGUGGUUGGAUCUAACUCAACCCUAUAAAACCGGCUAAUAAGGUGAGAAUUGCCCCCUCUUAUAAACACAGUUUAGGCCAUAGAUCGUUCAAUGUGAUACUCUUACCCGUAACAUUCCCUAAAAAUUCAACAAAUGGACACCAAUUCUACUAAGUAGUUGUUAAACACGCAUCUCGUAGCUCCACCUUCUAUUCGGAGCCACAAAACCUACUUCCUAAUACGGCGGCGCCACCUCCUAAUCAAACCGUAAUCGGAUCACUUCCACCACUCAAAGAAGUCGUUGUUUUAGAACACUCCGUGCUAUUUAUGAGAAAAAAUCUAUAGUGUUUUCUCUUAUUUCUCAGACACACUCAAGUUCAUUGUGGUGAAAGAAAUCAAAAGACAAACACUUUACGAGCCUAGUUGAUAUUUUUCAAUCUUGUUCGUUCCAAUUCAACGAAUUUCAAGAAGAAUUGAUCGCUAUUGUUUCUGUCAACAUUUUCCAUUGUUUGCUCCGGCAUCACACGAAAACAAAGGUACCGAAACUGUUGAUCCAGAAGAAGAUGAUAUGUAUAUGGAUCCAUCUUGGGCACAUUUACAGCUUGUGUAUGAAAUUCUAAUGUGUUACAUUGUUUCACCAGAGACUGAUACAAAAAUCACGAGUCAUUAUGUAAAUCAUGUGUUUGUUUUAAAGCUUAUGGACUUUUUUGAUUCGGAGGAUCAUCGCGAGCGUGAGUAUUUGAAGACGAUUCUUCAUCGUAUUUAUGGGAAGUUUAAGGUUCAUAGGCCAUUUAUAAGAAAAGCUAUUAACAAUAUAUUCUAUCGUUUUAUAUAUCAAACAUAUUCUAUCGUUUUAACAGCCCUCUCUUUCAGGUCAGUUGUCACUCCCAUAUACAAUUUUUCUUUAUCACCUUACACUUUGCAUGUGAAGCUUCAACUUGAUGGGAUAUUCUUAGCUUUAGAGGGUUGUUUGCUUUUGAUCAGAUUACUUGUAACCAGUAUUCUAAGUAGUCAUGUAUUCUAUUAUAUCCAUCUUUUCAAUUUUCUUAGGACAACAUACUAGAAGAGGGUGCUUUUGUAUGGGUUGCUUGGAUGUUGGAACUUUGGUUGGAAACUGUGUUGGGUUUUGGGAAUUUUAAAUUAGGACAUAGGCCAUGCAUAAUAUAAUGCU